AUGUCCUUCUCUGAAGCCCAUGCUACUUCGCCGGACAAGUCAUCCACGAAAAAUUCAAGGAAAUGCCCCUACACUGAUCCUUUUUCCGAAACUCUGUCCACCAAUCUGGAAAAAGAGGAAGAGCCAAUAACCUCGGAGACCUUGGAGAUGAUUGAGAAGCUGCAGAAGGUCGAGCUAUUGCAGAGCCAGAUCAGAGAAUUGCGGAAGAUCGCGCCUCCCAGCAAUACAGCAAUUCAAGGCUCCAAGCAAGGAAGCGAUUCGCUGUUGAUGAAGAAAAUGGGCCUCCGUUAUCAGGAUGUCAGGAGCACUACAAACUUUGUCGAGACCGAGGAUAUCAAGGCCAAGAGGUGGCGCUACCUUCAAGAGCGACGGUCCGACAGGCAUAAGGACGCCGUGUUUGUAUAUUUGGACAAGCCCUAA